AAAUCAACCACUGGUGGGUUUCAGAAGGAAGCUUUAACAGAAGGGAUACAAUAACUUCAGGUGUCUUUGCUUUGUGAGUCUGUCAGGAUGCGGCACCUGCGCCUGCAGCUUCACCUGUCGCUCACUGUUUGUAUUUUACUGUGGAGUUCCGCAGGAGCGCAGCGUGUCACCAAUGUGACCCCAGUGCUCGGAAGCCUCAAUGGCGGAACGAGACUGACCAUACAGGGUCAAGGUUUUGCUCAAGCCAGUCAGUUUAAUCUCAAUGCCAAUGACCCAAACAUUGGGAACGCAGUGACACUGGUGUCGAGCACCAGAUCUGUUCCCUGUGAUGUCGAGAAAGACUCCACUCACUCUACUCAGAUCACGUGUUAUACAAGAGCUCUGCCAGAAGAUAGCUAUUUGGUGCGGGUCAGUGUGGACGGCGUGCCAAUUCCUUCAAAUCGCAUUUGUAAUGGAUGGGCAGGGUAUUGCAUGUUCUAUCCCCGUUCAUAUCGUACACCCAGCAUUCAAAGUAUCCGUCCACUUUCAGGUCCCCCAGGGACUGUGGUGACACUGAGGGGAAGAAUCUAUACUGACGUAUAUGGAAGCAACACAGACAAAAGUUCAAAUGGCCUGAAUGUGAGAUUUUUAAGAGCGUAUAUGGGGGGCAUGUCUUGUGAACUUCUGAAACCCAAUUCAGAUGAAAAGUAUGGCCUCUAUUUGGAUACUGUGACUAGCGAAUGGGGAUAUAUGAGCUGUAAAAUGACUGGGACAUAUGUUGGUCAUCACAACCUCAGUUACAUUCUCGACGCUGAAUAUGGGAGGAGCUUGCCCAACUUGGGGGUUUUCAGCGUGUCAGCACUGAACAAGCUUUCCAUGUUCCAGACAUAUGCAGAGGUGACAGGAGUUUCUCCCUCUGAGGGCAGUGUACUUGGUGGCACAUUACUGACCAUUCAGGGACGCUACUUUGAUGAGACGGACAAGCCAGCUAUGGUCUUAGUAGGAGGUCGUGAGUGUCAGAUUCAGAGCGUUUCAAAUGAGAAGAUAAUCUGCAUAACUCCUAGCUAUGAAAGAACCAAUAUGACAGUGUUUCCAGGUGGAAGAGGAUUUAAAAUGGAGAUGUGGAACAACUCCACACCGUACCUUCUAGAGGACGUCCUGAAUUAUAAUUCCAGUAGAUCUGGAUAUUCCGUCCAGUGGAUCGAUUCACUGUCCUAUGUGUGGCCCAAUGAAAUUGAUAACUUUGUGGCACGACUGAGUGGUUUCUUUGUUCCGACGGAGACUGACAACUACUAUUUCCGAAUCAAAGCCGACGAUCGGUGCCAGCUGUAUUUCAGCAAGACAGGUUUUCCCAAGGAUAAGGUCAGGAUUGCAUAUCAGCCUUACUAUACAACCAGUUUUUUCACAUACAGCUCCCAGAUGUCACAGGUCAUGCGCUUGGAGAAGGGAAAACCGUACUACAUUGAGAUUUUAGUGCAGGAAUAUGGAAUCGUAGCAUCAGUGGAUGUGGCUUUUUUCAAAGAGAUCAGUCCUUUCACGGCCCAGCAGACAACAGACGCUGUUAAUGAGAAACAGCAGAUUAAUGCAUACUAUGAUGUACUACCUGAAAAACAGGUGGUUCGCUUCGAGGGAUGGACGCCAGUAACCCCUGUCAAUGAGGUGCAGACUCUGAGAAUCAGCAGCAACUGUUUCUCUCUGAGCAACUGUGAAAACACAUACUACUUUCUAGCAUAUGGAGGUCUUAAAACAGGGCCGAUCCCAGUUAGUGCUUCAGCGAUGGAGUUGCAGAAUGCUUUGAAUGAUUUGUGGACGAUUAAACCAGACAGUGUUACAGUCAAAAAGCAAGAACUGGACGAUGAGGCACUGUACAAUGUGACAUUCAACUCUAACAGAGGUAACUUUGAGAAUCUUGAAAUCUUUAGCAUGGACUCCAAUACGAACAUCACAGUUAGUGAGGAUGUGAAAGGGCAGGCCAGCUUGCAGACGUUCACACUGCUGUGGGGUGGAGUUCCAUCCCUCCCUCUGCCUUUCAAUGCUUCUGAAACUGAGGUACGUUCGGCACUAGAUACAAUGGUCACCGCUAAAUGUCCAGCAGAGAUUCCAACCACGGAGAAUACUAAUGUGAAAUUUUUCAGAGAUUAUGAGACAGGCACCACAGGGUUUUCAGGUGAUCUAAGCCGCAGAGGGGUCCAGGUCAAUGAUUCAGAGGCUUUCUGUGGCCGCUGGUCUCUGAAGAACCCAGAGAUUCUGUUCGAUGCCAGUGACGUCACAGCAUUAGGAACGACCUACGGUGCAGUACCACUACAAACAUACAAAACUCUUUGCUUGGCCUACAAAGGGCGUCUGGUGAAUGAACUGGGAAUUUUGUUCAGCUACCAGGGGAAUACUUUGCGACAGGAGAAUAUACGUAUCUCUGUGCAAUUUGAUUCAGCGAAUGAGUGGAACUACAAGUGUGUGGAUCUCCUGAGCUCCAUACAGGCAAACUACAUAGGCACCGACUACAAACUACUUAGGUUCAGUGUGUAUGGAGAGAGCGUCAACUCCGUUUACUUCAUAGACGCUGUUCACCUUGGACGUGAAAUAACUGCUUUGGAUCCUUAUGUUAUAAUCCGCAGAAGAAGACCACCUGCUCUAGCCAGUUCAGGACUUUUCUUUUCAAGCAUCAUUGUGCGCAAACAAGCAAUUGCUUCACAAGUCAGCUACGAGAUCACAGCGACACCUUACUACUGUGGCUUUGGUGUCCCACUGUUUGAAAUAGGUUUUCUGAAGAAGAUGCCAAACAGAACAGAGGACAGACUCAUCCAAAGCCAGGGGAAUGCCACCGUCAACAUUACGCGCCCUCAAAAAGCCAGCCCACCUCUUACAGGAACGUUUGACGUUGAGUUCUCUGGCCGACGUGUUGAAGGCCUGGCAGUAGACAUCAGCGCUGCGGACCUGCGAUAUGCACUGCAGGGGAUCCCAGAGCUCGGCCAGCUGCAGGUGGACAGAUAUGGAGACUGUAAGGGCUACUACUGGAACAUCCAGUGGCUCACCAUGCCUGGAAAUCAGCCCCUGUUAAAGAUCAAUGCUUCCAAUGUGGUUGGUGUGAACCCUUCAGUGAGAUCACAAAAGAUAGAGCAAGGAGGCCUCUUCAAACAGAGAAUUAUGGGAGACUUUCUGCGUGUGCCUACAAAUAAACCACAGGUGGAGGUUUUCAUCAAUGGUAUUCCAUCAUGGUGUUCAGGGGAUUGUGGUUUCACCUGGAGUCAGUCAAAGACCCCAACAGUGACUGGAAUCUAUCCUAUGCAAGGGUCCAGCGGUCUGGGAACAGUUCUUACCAUAACUGGAUCCGGUUUUGAUGGUUCAAACGUCACUGUAAAGACUGGAGAUGUGGAAUGCUCUAUUCUACAGGUUACCAAUACUUCUAUAACCUGUCAGGUCGGUCCUGCGAGUGCAGGUGUACAGCCAGUCUCUCUGAGUUUCUCUUCAGUGGGAAAUGCCCAAUACCAGAAUGACAGCAGCUUUAUCUUCACACAUCUGUUAGGAGUGACCUCUAUAAAUCCCACAACAGGAAGUGUAGCAGGAGGGACGAUUCUGACAGUGACUGGCUAUGGAUUCAGUAAUAAUACUGCAGUCACCAUUAACACUCAGCCAUGUAACAUUAUAGAAAUGCAACUUUCCCAGUUGAAAUGCAUAGUUCCAGCUGGCUCAGAAGGUGAACAGAGAGUCACAUUAACUGCGGCAGAGAUGACAGCAGUAUCAGAUGGCUUUUUCACAUACAGCAACAAUUUGACGGCCAUAAUCACAUCUGUGAGCCCACAAACUACAACAGUAUUUGGACUCAGGAUUCUUACCAUCUUGGGCACGAAUUUUGCAGAGCAGGCUAAUGGCAGCUCUGUUUUGAUUGGUGAGGCUGAUUGCAAACUGCAGCAGUGGACCAAUGAAAACAUCACCUGCCUGUUACCCGCACUCCCCCCAGCUGAAUACAAUGUCCGUGUGAGAGUCGGAAACCAGGGUUACCCCCUAACCAGUGAUGGUGUUAAAACCACUAUAGAGUAUGUUCUAGAGGUGACUGGUUUCUCUCCAUCUUUGGGAUCAUUGUACGGAGGAACCACUGUCACCAUUUCUGGCUCUGGGUUCAGCCCUGUCGCAGCAGACAACAAUGUGACUCUGGGAGACAGACAAUGCAGAGUGACAGCUGCUUCAGAUCAUUACCUGGAGUGUGUGACACAGUCUAGAGAUAAAACAUUCACUGUGACUAACCAAGGUUUCCACCCCGUGUAUGGUCAGGGUUAUGCCUGGAGCCCUUCUGCGCUUAUUGCCUCGGUGGGAGACACUGUGGUUUGGCGCUGGGACGCACCAGCUUUUGUGUCUGGUCUGGGCUACAGGGUCUUCAGUGUGUCCAGUCCUAGCAGCACAAACUAUGACGGCAUUGUUUUCAGCAGUGGAAACACCCCAACUGCCAAAGGGUUUUUCGCUUACCGUUUCACGUCUCCUGGAGUUUACUACUAUAGCAGCGGUUACAUCGACUCUGCCAACCAGAAGACCCUUCAAGGAGUGGUGACUGUUAUGCCACUAGAGGAGAGCACUGUUGAGCUUCAGGUGUUUGUGACAGGAAAACAGGCCUCUAUGAAUAUAGUUUCAGGACAAAUUAACUCGUCUAACUCCACAUGUGUGGCCACUUCUCACUGUUUCCGAGAUCAGCUGGAAUUGAAUGAGACUUCAGACAAUCAGUACUUCAGUUUUACUUCCUGUGCCACUCCCACUGUGUAUGAUAUCACGCCUGACUAUGGCACUACACAUGACAUCAUCAGAAUCAGUGGAUCUGGCUUUAGCAGCAUUAACUGUGCAAACGAGGUCAAAGUCGGAGAUUGUCCAUGUAAUGUCAUCAACAGCACCUCCACUGAGAUCAACUGUCAACUCAGUCCUGACAGCAGAGCACCAGUGGGCAUUCCCUUACCUGUAACUGUCCUAGUCAACAACAUUGGCAGUGCCAUCCUAACCAUGCCGAAAGAGUACGACCGAAGAUUUGUGGUUCUACCGGUGGUCGAUUCCGUCUUUCCCUUGGUGGGCAGCACUACAGGCAACACGCGGCUCUUCAUCUCUGGUUCUGGGUUCUCAGACGGUUUGAUUACAGUAGCAGGCAUUCCAUGCAACGUGGUUUCCAUAGAUUACUCCCAUGUAGUGUGUGAUACCUCGCCAUCUGAAGCUAACAGGGGAGGUGUUGUAUUUUACGCCAACUCCAUCUCUUCCUCAUGCAGUUUCGAUUGUACAUUCCAAUACUCAGGCUCCAUUGCACCAAACGUCUCCACUGUGCUUCCUAACUCAGUCAGUGGAAACGCCACCUCUGUUGUGAUCACCGGCAGUGGAUUUGGGAGCGAAUUUGCUGAUCUAAUAGUAUCUGCAGCCAACAUCCUUCUGGAUGUCACAGAAGUCACCAAUAGCAGUAUCACCGUUUUAGUUGGCACCCUUCCAGCUGGUACACACGUCCUAAAGGUGGUGGUGAUGAGCAAAGGUCUCGCCACAGGAUAUGCCACUCUGACCAGCAUAGCACAAGCCAGCAUCAGCCCAACAUCAGGCAGUAUUGCUGGAGGAACUCCACUCUUGAUCACAGGAAAUGGAUUUGUGGCAGGAAAUACAACUGUGAUGCUUGCUAACUCCCCCUGCAGGAUUUUAGAUGUCACUCCAGAUACAGUGAGGUGCAUAACACCUCCUCGCACAGAGGGACCGGUGGUGGUAAAUAUUAAGGUGUCUGAUGUAGUUUAUCCACCUCAGAGUUUCAACUACUCCAAGGAACGAACUCCAAACAUCACCUCUGUCAGUCCUAUAACAGGUCCGGUUGGAACAGAGAUCACUGUCACUGGUUUUGGAUUCGGCACAGAUGCAGCACUUGUCUCCUUAGAGAUUGAUGGCGUGCCCUGUAGCGUGUCAUCUGUCACAGAUACACAGUUGUUGUGCAAUGUUGGUGAACAUGCUGGAGGAACUUUUCCAGUCAUGUUUCACCAUAAUGUCAAAGGUCAUGCCUUGACCCGAUCUGUCUUCACCUAUGAGCUGCUGUUGACAGGGGUCACACCGAAUGAGGGAAGUUAUGCUGGAGGAGCCAUUGUUGCCAUUCAAGGUUCUGGAUUUGACCCAAACAGCACCAAAGUCCUCAUCUGUAACAGACCGUGUAACGUGCAACUGCUGAGCUCUACGUCUACCCAGCUCAACUGUGAAGUCCCACCUAACAAUGGAACUGAAGCAGAGCGAGCCUGCACAGUCAUUGUGAUGAAUGGAGGCAAUGCUGUCAACCUGACCAACAGCUAUACUUACAAAUCUUCUCUGACCCCAGUUAUUACUAACGUGACGCCACGCAGAGGAGGAACUGCUGGAGGCACCAGACUCACGAUUACCGGCUCAGGUUUCAGCUCAAAUGUCAAUGAAAUCUCUGUCACAAUUGCUGGGUCUGUCUGCGAUGUCCAGUCAACCAGUGAGACACAAAUCAUCUGUGUGACCAAUGCUCAGCCCAGAUCCCAAGAAACUCAAGUUCGCAUCCAGCUGGGGAAUAGAGGAAUUGCCCGAAUGGAUAAUGCUUCUUUCUUCUACAUUGAUGUGUGGUCGUCUCCCUAUACAUGGGGUGGUCUCUCGCCUCCUGAGGAGGGCAUGUUUGCUGUAAUCACUGCUGGCCAGACCAUCCUUCUGGACACAAGCACACCAGUCCUUAAGAUGCUCCUAAUACAAGGGGGGCGACUGAUUUUUGAUGAGGCAGAUAUUGAACUACAGGCGGAGAAUAUUCUGAUCACAGAUGGUGGAGCUCUGCAGAUCGGAACAGAGCAGGCGCCCUUCCAGCACAAGGCCAUCAUCACACUGCAUGGACACCUGCGUUCAACAGAACUUCCUGUCUAUGGCACCAAGACCCUGGCUGUCAGAGAGGGGGUGUUGGAUCUGCAUGGAAUCCCUGUCCCUAUUACAUGGACUCGCCUUUCCCAGACUGCACAAAGCGGUUCCAAAACGCUAACACUGAUGGAUGCCGUCACCUGGAAGACUGGCGAUGAAAUUGUCAUCGCUUCCACGGGGCACAGACACAGCCAGAGCGAAAAUGAGUUGAUGAGAAUCGCCUCAGUUUCAGCGGACGGAAGGACCCUCACUCUGACCGAACCACUGGGAUACACUCAUCUUGGUGUGUCUGUCACGCUGCCUGAUGGGACAGUUUUUGAAGGGAGAGCAGAGGUGGGCCUUCUUACCAGAAACAUUGUUGUCCGUGGAUCCAACAAUGUGGAAUGGAGCGAUAAGAUUGAAGCUUGCCCUGAUGGAUUUAACACAGGGGAAUUUGCUACCCAGACUUGUUUCCAGGGUAGGUUUGGAGAAGAAGUAGGAAGUGACCAGUUUGGUGGUUGCAUCAUGUUCCACGCACCACAGCCAAACCAAAAUCUGGCAAUUGGCAGAAUUGAAUAUGUUGAGCUCUUCAACGUUGGACAGGCCUUCCGCCUGGGACGCUACCCAAUCCACUGGCAUCUGAUGGGUGAUGUUAAGUUUAAGUCGUACGUGCGUGGAUGUGGCAUCCACCAGUCCUACAAUCGUGCCGUCACCAUCCACAACACCCACAACCUGCUGGUGGAGCGUAAUGUCAUCUACAACAUCAUGGGUGGGGCUUUCUUUAUUGAGGAUGGCAUUGAGACUGGCAACAUCCUGCAGUACAACCUUGCGGUAUUCGUAAAACAGAGCACCAGUUUACUAAACGACGAUGUGACUCCAGCUGCAUUCUGGGUCACCAACCCUAAUAACACCAUUAGGCACAAUGCUGCGGCGGGUGGAACGCACUUCGGCUUCUGGUAUCGCAUGCACGAUCGUCCCGACGGCCCUUCGUAUAACCCCAACAUCUGUCAGAAGAGAGUACCACUAGGACAGUUCUUUAACAAUACAGUGCAUUCGCAGGGCUGGUUUGGCUUGUGGAUCUUUCAAGAGUAUUUCCCCAUGCGUACCGGCAGCUGCAGCGCCUCAACACCAGAGCCAGCAGUUUUCCGUCGCCUCACCUCCUGGAACAAUGAGAAAGGUGCCGAAUGGGUGAAUGUAGGAGCGGUUCAGUUCAGCGAGUUCCUGAUGGUCAAUAAUGAGAAGGCAGGAGUGGAGACCAAGAGAAUCAUCCAGCAGCACGUCAGCGGAUGGGGACUGGAUGGAGGCGCAGCUGUAGUCAACAGCACUAUGGUGGGCCAUGUGGAUGAGCUGGGACUGGGAAGCAACUACUGCACCGCUCGUGGUGUUAUCCUGCCCCUGGAUGAUGGUAUGAGUGUUAUCAACACCAAGUUUGUGAACUUCGAUCGUUCGUCAUGUGCUGCAAUCGGGGUGGCAGAAAUAGUCGGAACCUGCAUGUUCCGCUGUGGAGGCUGGAGCGCAAGAUUCAGCAGGAUCCAAUACUAUCAGUCCCCCAACAAGGCCUGGUUCAGAUGGGAGCAUGAGGUGGCACUUGUAGAUACUGAUGGGUCACUAACAGGCAAUGUUAGCUACAAGGUGGUACCAAGGAGUAACCUCCUCGACCCAAGACGCUGCUUCCCAGGAACAGAAUGGAGCGUUGGUGUCCCUGGUGCAGUAUGUGACAACACCAUUAACUUCCACCGCAUGGUCGUCGUCAAUGCCGCACCACCUUCACUUCAGUCUAAAGAUGCCAUUCUAACCAACUCAUAUGGAACAUGUGUGCUUCCUUUCCUUGAAAAGCUUGUGACCCACUCAAUGGGCUGGAUGGCAAUGGUGCCCACAGGCCAAACGUACAACUGGUACUUUAAUGGUGCUUCCCAAAUCACGAACAUUUCAUACAAUGGAAUGGUCUACGGCUUUCGGCCAGAAAAUUAUAUUAUAAUCAACCACAACCUGACCCAGGCACCUGACCUGUUCCGCAUUAUAGACAACAGAAAUGGAUCCACCCAGCCCCUGAACCCUACUGCGAAUGUAAAUGGAGACUGGUACUUCAACCAGACAUCCAAAGACCUCUAUUAUAUGGUGUCUGGAAGAGACCGUGUGAAUAGCCGGAGGAAGAGAAACAGCGUGGACCGCUCAGUUGUAGACAGAUCGCUGGACUUCAAAGUGUAUCAGUGCUAUUAUCCCAACUGCAUCCAACCUCUCCCUACGCCUGGUCCUGUAGUCACUACAUCCAACACAUCCAAUUCAACCAGACCUGCAAACUUCAUUCUCUGGUCAAAUGAAUCAUUUUGGAGGUCAAGCUCAGUGAACAACUUCAAUGUACCACAAGAAGGCUCUGAUGUGAUUAUUCCAGCUGGCAUUUGGAUGGUUAUGGAUGUUGUGGUCCCCUCUCUGAACAAACUGAAAAUAGUUGGCGUUCUGGAGAUUCCAGACACAAACAAUGGCACUUCUACCAGAAGCGUUUCUCAAUAUAAUAACGUUGUUCUGAAUGCCACAUACAUAUCCAUUCAAGGUGGACGUCUGAUUGCUGGCUGGCCUAAUGAACCCUUCAGAGGUCAACUACAAAUCAUAUUGAGAGGAAGCCAUUCCACACCAGACUGGCUAUUACCAUCUGGACCAAACCAAGGGUCCAAAGUGCUGGGUGUGUUUGGAUCUCUUGACCUCUAUGGCAUGCCACACAACGUGUAUCACACUAAGCUUGCUAGGACAUCCCAAGCAGGAACCAGCAAUGUUUCACUACAGGAAUCUGUUGACUGGAAGGUUGGGGAUCAGAUACUGCUGUCCACCACCAGCUAUGACCCUUGGGAGACGGAAAUCCGCACCAUCACUGCAAUCUCAGAUUAUGGCAGCACACUGACUCUGGACCAGCCUUUAUCAUACACACACAUUGGGGAGAGCUACAGUGUGCCAGGUACUUCAAGAAGUUAUCAGCUUGCAGGCAAUGUGGCUUUACUGACAAGGAACAUCAAGAUCGUUGGUCAAGAGUAUCCAGAAAUGAACACAGAGUCUUAUGGGGCCAGAGUGCUGGUGGGAACCUUCUUCAGUGGAGGAAUCACUUUCAGAGGAAAAGCCCAGAUCAGAAAUGUUGAAUUCUACCACACCGGGCAGGAGGGAUGGAAUGACGUGUCAGAUCCACGAUACUCUCUGGUGUUUUAUGACUUAGGAGGGGUGGAUGGUGAAUCUUACAUCAAAGGAUGUGCUUUCCACAAUGGCUUUGCUCCUGGUAUUGGUGUUUUUGAGACAGAUGGACUGAGUAUAGAAGACAAUGUGAUCCAUCACACGGUUGGAGAAGGGAUCAGAAUCUUGGGUGACAGAAAUGUGGUCCGAAGGAACUUGGUUACAAUGACGCUGUGGACUGGAUCAUACAACGGCAGAGCGGAGGAAUUUAACUUGCAAUGGAAUGCAGGCAUUGAGGUUAUUGAGGCAACAAAUGUGAUUCUUCAAGGGAAUAUUGUUGCUGGCUAUGAACGAGUGGGAUACCGAAUUAAUGGAGAAACAUGUCCAGAAUAUCCAAAUUCAGUGGCGCAAUGGAGUGAGAAUGAGGCGCACGGCGGUCUGUAUGGACUCUACAUGAAUAAAGACGGACUUCCUGGUUGCUUUCAAAUUCAGGGAUUCACCAUCUGGAGGAGCUUUGAUUUUGGCAUUUAUGUUCAAGUAUCCAUGAGUGUGUUAAUUUCUAACGUGAGCCUUAUUGAUAAUGGAAUGGGAAUCAUGUCUCUAAUCUACAGUCCUCCCUCGCUCAGCCACUUAUACUCUGACAAAACUGUCCGCGUACAGGGUGCCCUGAUUGUGGGCAGCAGCCCCAACUUCACCUGUUCUGACAGUCUGUCCACAACUACGACUUAUGUUAGUCUCAGCAGAAUUCACAAGGCCCCACGCCCUCCUAAUGGUGGAAGGUCUGGAAUUUGCUGGCCGACGUUUGAAUCGAGCCAUAACACCGGACCACAAAAACCACUCACUGGAACGAUGAGCUACAAUGCCAUAGCUGGUCUAAUGACAGUCUCUGACACAACUUUUGUUGGGUUCAAGAAUGUGUGCUCAACAGAGAGAAAUUUCAUGUUCAUGACCAACCCGGGAAAUGAGGAUCUACAACAUCCAAUCAGUGUUCAGAGGAUUUCCAAGAUAGACAGCACAGAGGACUCACUAGCGUUCAUUCAUCGGCCUGAUCUAGGCAAGGUGAACCCUUCAGACUGUGUGGACAUGGACUGUGACGCUAAGAAGAUCGCGGGCGAGGACGAACUGCUGGCUGACGAUGAUGUUGUUUCUCUUACAUCAUCCGAUCCAGCAGCUAGUGCUCUGUUGGGUCCUUCCCAAGAAGAGCAGGAGAUGUUGGAAGAUGAGGAAGCUGAGGCUGAACCCUUUCUAAUCUCCUGCCCUGCAUACGAGGAGCUGUUGGAGGUUAUGGAUCGCGCCACGGUAAGGCUUGACUUGCCGUGGAAGCGAGCCAGAGAGGUGGCGCCUCGGGGUCGUCUCGAUGAGCGCUAUCUUUCUGAUCAUAACCUCCCGGCCCAGGUGAGUCUUCCAUUCCUUCCCGAUCUGCAUACGGAGAUCGAGAAGGUAUGGAAGAGGCCGUUUUCCUCACGCAUCCAUAAUUUUCCGCACUCUAAUUAUGCGAAUAUUGAGGGGAUGCGUGAGCACGGCUAUCAGAGGAUGCCACCUGUAGAAGAGACGCUGGCCAGCUAUCUCUCUGUAGGUAAGGCAUCUUCCCUGAAGACUCCCUCCCUGCCAUCCAUUCCCCUUCAAGUAACAUCUCGUUUGAAUGGCAGGGCGUAUGCAGCAGCAGGUCAGGCUGUGGGUGCGUUGCACACUAUGGCGGUGCUUCAAGCCUACCAGGCUGACUUGCUGAAAGAUCUGGAUAAGGGUCAGGGUCUUUCCCCGGACGAGGUUGCUGAGCUGCGCCGCACCACGGAUCUCGCUCUCCGUGCCACCAAGCAGGCCGCCACUGCCAUGGGCAGGUCUAUGGGGGCCAUGGUGGUUACGGAGAGACAUCUGUGGGUGAACUUGGCUGACCUCGGGAAGAAAGAGAGGGGCUUUCUUCUCGACGCACCAGUCUCGCCUUCCGAACUUUUUGGUACCUCCGUUGAGACGGUGGUUGAGAAGUUCAGGGAGGCGGGGCGCGCUCAGCGGCCUUCAAAACCUUCAUUCCACGAAGGUCCAGAUCUGAGCCCGAACAGUAUGGGGGUCCUGGCCCGUCUCGUUCUGAGGGACGAAGACAGGCCCAGAAGACUAGUGUGGCCACUCGCGCCCCUCCCCCACCUGCGGGUGGUUCCGGGAGGAAGCGUGGGUCUAGAGGAGGUUGGCUUUUUUGUUAAAAAGCAACUUUUACUGAUGGUCUGGCUCGGCCUUUCGGCCUCCUCUCAGGAACCAUGGAUGGGGUUUCUAAUAAGCGAUCUCUUUGAGGUAACCAGGGAGCUCCUGGACAUUUUGGAUAGACACAUUGACCACCGGGUUAAGACCCUCUGUCUUCAUCCUGCCCUGAGGGGCUUCGGUUGCGGGGUUUCCGCCCUUCACACAGACCUCCUACCUAUGCCAUCUGGUGAUCUAGCGGUCGCCCCCCUCCGAGGAGUGGGCUUGGUCACGCUAUUUCACUGUUUCUCAAGUCAGAGCUGUUUCUGUGGAAACCCUCUGAGUGCUCCGAGGAGCCUUCAGCUAAGCAUUCUUGGCCCUUGGUCCCAAGGCUCUGCGGGUCUUGGUAGAGCAGGGCCCGUGCUUUCCAUCGAGGAGACGUUUCCCUGUAUAGGUGUGAUCAGAGACACUUGUACGUACAUGAGCACCUGGCAGAGCUACAAGUGCUUUGGGCUCAACUACAAGAUGCUGGUCAUCGAGAGUCUGGACGCAGACACAGAAACCAGGCGUCUUUCACCUGUAGCCAUCCUGGGGGACAAAUAUGUGGAUUUGAUAAAUGGUCCACAAGACCAUGGCUGGUGCGCCGGCUACACAUGUCAGAAGCGGGUAUCUCUAUUCCACGCCAUUGUUGCAACCAAUAAGUCCUUUGACAUCUUUUUCUCCAGCACAACACCACAGAAGCUGAGAUUUAUGUUGCUAAAUGCUGGACCUACAGAGGCUGUCAGGGUGGCUGUAUUCUACUCAAACCCUCAGCGGCUGGAUGUGUAUGUAAACAAUAGUUUGGUUGGUCCAACAAAUGCUCAGUGGAAUGCAGACAAAACAGACUACACACUGCGUGAGCCAACUUACACAGGGCAAUACGUUCCCAGUUUCAGCUCCAGUCAUGGCUCCAACUUUUUUGACCAAGACUACAAAAUGUUAAACAUACUCGUUCGUGGCUCAGAGCCGGUUGAAAUCCGCACCUCUCCAGUUCUGUUCUUGGCCUUCAACCUCCCGGCCAUGACUGAAGCGGAGUUCUUCGGGCCAAAUUUGGUUAACAAUCUGGCUUUAUUCCUGAAAAUACCCCCGGGCAUGAUUCGAAUCACCAAAAUCGUCCGUGAGGGAACUAAUGCAAGAAGACGGCGCUCGACAGGACUGACAGUGGAGGUGGAGAUCAGAGAGCCUCCUGUGCAGACGUCCACCAACAACGGCACUGAAAAUGAACAACAGUUUGAGGUCCUGAAGAACAUUGCUGAUGAUCUGGGCCGUGCUGCUGUCUCUGGCAAUCUGAGUCAAUCCAUCGGCUUUAAUGUGUCAUCCCUGGGCAUCAUCCCUCCUCCUCCUUCUUCUAGUGACCCAACCUGGAAUGAAGUGGCCACUCAAGAAGUGACCCGUGAAGACCAGCAGGUGGAGACAGUCAGGACAGUAUCGUCCCUGGUUGUGGUGGUCGAGCCCGUGGCGGGAUCAUCCCCUGGACCCCUCAGCGUGCAGCCCAGCAUCAUGGCUGUGGACACAGCGGGUGAUUGCGUGUCUGUGGGUGUGACGAGUCUAACAAUGUCAGCUGUGCUCAAAGAUGCUAAUGGAAAUCAGACAGAGGGACUUCAUGGAAACACCACCAUCCCAUUCAGCGGCUGCUGGGCCAAUUACACUAAUUUAGCCAUUUUUACAAGUGGUGAAAACAUGAAGUUGGCCUUUACUCUGAAUGAAUGGAAGGCUGAGUCCAGAACUUUCUCACUCAGAGCAGCUACAACGCCAUCUCCUGUGGUCGUCACCACGGAGGAUGAUGACAACCCCAGCAUCUUUGACUCCAGUCCAGCUGUCUUGUCACAGUCUGUGUACCUGCUCAUGCUGUUGAGUGGUCUACUCCUCCUGCUUAUGAGACCCUAAAUAAUCACAACACACAGUGCACUCUUAUAUUAUAUUGUCUUCUAAUCAUUUACCUUUGACUAUAAUCUACUAUUGUUUUCCCAUAUGAUCAUUAUCAAUAAGCUACAACUAUAAAUUCUGAGCACAUUCACUCAUAAUAACUGUAGAACAAAAAACAACUGUUACUUUGAACAAAAUCAAAUAUUUAAAUCCAUUACUUUCAACUAAAUUAUAUUUAUAUGCUUUCUUAUAUGCUUAAUAAAAUUUCAACUUCUUGCAUA